CUGGACAGAUAUUUAAUGCCAAUCAUCCGAAGUGAAAAGGGAUCUUGAGUCAGAGAGAAACGCAGAGCUUGAGAUGACGAAGAUACUAAUACGCACAAUUUUGCUGUCGUUUCUACUCUUCUGUGUUCUCUGCACGAGCCGAUGGGCUGUGCAGGCUCAGUCCCUUCCCCCUGCGAGACCGGAUGGGUUCGUGUAUAAUCCACAUCACUCGCUUAGCUGGGACGCCAUUUUGAUCGAAGCGUUCCUCGACCCGGUCUGUCCCGAUAGCAGAGACGCUUGGGGGCCUCUCAAGGAAGCCGUCCAGCACUACGGUGAUCGCGUUCUGCUCGUUGUUCACCUCCUUCCGUUACCUUACCACGACAAUGCGUUUGUUACGUCUCGUGCUCUGCAUAUUGUGAAUAAUUUGAACACUUCUUCUACAUUCCUAUUGCUGGAGCAGUUUUUCAAGGAUCAGGAGAGGUUUUACAAUGCCAAAACACUAAAUAAGUCUAGAGUUGCUGUAGUGAAAGAAGUUGUGGAGUUUGCAUCAAAAGCGGUUGGCAACUCUUUUCGGUCUGCGCUAGAAUCUGGUUUUAAUGACAGACAGACUGAUCUUAAGACUAGGGUUUCCUUCAAGCAUAGCUGCACAAGAGGAGUCUACGGCACACCAACUUUCUUUGUUAACGGAUUUACGCUGCCUGAUAUCGGCAGUCCUGUAGAAUAUAAUGGAUGGAGGAAGCUCAUUGAUCCCCUGAUUGGCACAAAAGAUAUCAAGAAAGAAGAGCAUGUGCACUUGCUCUUAUGAAAGAAUGAAGCAUUAAAGUCUGUGGAAGUCCUGGUCCCUGUUCAAAAUUAUGUGUGUUUUAAGUCAAGUAUGUAAUCUCUAAGGUCAAAAGAGACACUAAUAUUGGGGAAAUAAGAAUGUAAAUAAUGAGACGGGAAGUUAUGCUGCAAACGUUUAUUUCAAUAAAACUUUGUUAAUUUUGAAUGAGU